AUGUCUCUUUAUGCUUAAAUGGAAAAGAAUGCCUAAUUUUAAGCAGAGCUCUAGAGAUACGAAGAGCAGGCUGACUUUCUGUUUCGAAAGUAGCGGAUGGAAAGAAUAGAAUCCUUUACGGAUCAAUUUGAAUUUUUAGCAAAUGAAUAUCCAUGUGCUGUUUAUUAUUAGGGGUUAAUUUAUAAUUCUGUAUAUGCUGCGUAUUAAUCUGCGAGAACUUAAGAUGAGGAAAUGAGAUAGAAGUUUGUGAAUGCAUAAUCAGUUUAGGAAGUUUAUCAGAUAGCCUAACAUAUAGAUGAUCCACCGCAUUGGACGAAGUAAAGACUGCGAAUAAUGGAGGUAUUGUUAAGAGACAAGUUCAGGAGGAAUGCUGAUAUUCGAGAUUCGUUGAGAGCCACAAAUAACUAUAAAUUGUUUCAUACAUUUACUCACUCUACUCCGAGCAACCAGUUUUGGGGAGUAGUAGAUGGGAAGGGUGACAACCAAAUAGGAAGAUUGCUUGAGCAAAUCAGAACUGACAUUAAUAAUUAUGAGGAUCAAGACAAGUGGUUAUUGAUGACAUUACCAAUUGAAUAAGAGUCAAAAAUGAUUCCGAAGGUGGAGUUGAAGGUUUUGAAAGAGGGAGAGAACUUGCCCAAAAUAGAGAUGAAACAUUCAGCAUUCUUAUAUUUUGGAUCUCAUCAAAGAAAUCAUGUUCAUUUGGCUCAUCCUUCUAUUUCCAGAAGACAUGCAGCCAUUUUUGUCAAUAACUAAUCACAAGUGUGUUUGGUUGAUUUGGGUUCCAAGGGAGGCACUUUUCAUAAUGAGCAAUUUGUUGAACCCCAUUUACCAGUGGUAUUGGCUAAUGAGGACAAGAUUAAGUUUGCUAAGAGUACUAGAAUAUAUUAAGUGUUAAUAUCUUAUGACGAUUGUAAGAAGUGGUUGAAGGAUAAAAUUGAUAAGUUGCGUAAUGAUUUGAGACAGUUGGAGCGUAUAAACAAAGGGAAGAUGAGUCAAGAAGAGUUGAAAGCAACAUUGUCUGGAGCUAUUGAAGAUACGAUUCUGAUAAAGAAUUUACCAGAAAAAGCUAGUCAUUUGGAAUUGAUGGAAUUAUUUAGAAAGGAAGGCAAGAUAAAGGAAUUGAAAAUUCCAAUUGAUCGUCAAACAGGUAAUACCAGAAAUGUAGCAUUUGUUAGAUAUGAAAAUGAGAGAGAUGCUAAAAGAUUAAUCAGUGACCGUAAUAAGGUAUUUGAGUAUAAAAAUGAAAAACUCAAAUUAAAAUUAGUUGAUUAUGCUUAUGUUGAAAAGUUCUAAGAGGAAUUAAGGUGGGGAAUCACUGAACAAUAAUCAUAACCACCUCAACAACAAUAAUAAAUCUAAUAACCAACACAAUUGGUUUAAGUCCCGAUUACAAAACCGGUUGAGGUCAAAUAAAAGGUACCUGAAAGCAGCAGUUCUUCUGAUUCAGACAGUGAUUCUUCAUCGGAUUCAUCUUCUGAUUCCAGCAGGAGUAGAUCUAAAAGAAAGAAACACAAAAAGCACAGACACAAAAAGGAUAGACAUCAUAAGAAACACCAUAAAAGAUGA